AUGGUAGUGAUUGUGGCGAUAGUAGUCGUGGUUGGUGACGGUGAUGACGGUGCUGGUGGGGAUGGCGGUGGUGACGGUGAUGGUUCUUACAGGUGGCAUAGUGGUAGUGAUGGUGGUGAUAGUGGUGGUGUCAUCAUGGUGGUCGUGGUCGUGGUGGUGAUGACGACGGUGAUGGAAAUGGGUGACAACAAUUCCUUUGCUCAAUCUCACAUGAACUCUUCUGAUGAAGAUAAGUUUCUCACAGAGAUUGUACAUCAACAACAACCAUGUUUCUCCUUUGAGAGUGUUUACCACUCUUCCACCAUGCAACAUAACACUGCUAAUUUCACCACAAGCACCAUCGAAAGCACAUUAUCCUGUGAAGAAUAUGCAAGGUUUGAUAAGAGACAUAACAACAUGCUCAAGAGUAAUAGCAGCUCCAACUCCAUAAACAUCUCUCAAGAUCAUGUUGCUGCUUCACACAAACCUUCAGCAGCAUCAUCAUCAUCUCCAAACACCUUCAUUUUCUCCUUUGAAAACUCAACUGUGGAACCAGCACUGCAUAGACCUUCCCCGAAAGAUUUUGGUGGUGAUGGUACAUGUUCUUCCAUUUUGUGCUCAAAAAGAACUAUGAGUAACCAUAUCAUUGAACCAAAGGCAAAGCAAGGAACCAAGAAGUUUAAAAGCUCAUCUGAGACACAAGAUCAUAUAAUGGCUGAGAGAAAAAGGAGACGGGAACUUACUGAGAAGUUCAUAGCACUUUCUGCCACCAUUCCUGGAUUGAAGAAGACAGACAAGGCCUAUAUACUUCGAGAAGCUAUGAAUUAUAUGAAACACCUUCAGGAGCGAGUAAAAGAGCUAGAGAAUCAGAACAAAAGGACAACAGCUGAAGAUUCAGUAAUAUUCAUUGAGAAAUCCCAUGCAUUUGCAAAAGAGGAAAACAAGUCAUGUGAAACAAAAUCACUGCUUCAGGUUGAAGCAAGAGUCUUAGAGAAGGAAGUUCUCAUUGGAAUUCACUGUGAGAAACAAAAGGACAUUGUGCUUAAAAUAAUGGCCUUGCUUCAAAAUCUUCAUCUAUCUCUUGCUAGUAGUAGUGUAUUGCCAUUUGGGACUUCCACUCUUAAAGUCACCAUUAUUGCUCAGAUGGGGGAUAAGUUCAGCAUGAACGUGAAUGAUCUAGUUAAAAACCUGUGGCAAGAUCUCUUGAAGUCACAUGAAAUUCAAAAUUAAUAUUUUCUA